AUGAAGAUCAUCAACGAGAUCUAUGGAGCCCCAAUCUUCGAUGUCUACCACGACGAUGACGAAGUCCAGUGGCGGAUCUACAUGUAUGAGUUCCCCUCUCCUCCACCAGGUACAUCUCUCUUCAGGACGGGACCUGGAAAUCUACUAGCUCACGAGUGUUACAGAGUUCUUGAGCUCUCGCUCUACAAUGGAGAUCGCAAAGAGAAGUCAACGAGGAAGAAGAAGUUACAACUUCCUUCUUCUCGUGACAUAACGGAUAUAACGACUUCCGUCAGAUGGGCCAAUCACAAACCGAUACGGCCCACCUACAACACACUCACACUCACGUGGCUUUACACUUAA